UGAUUUAGUUUCAUUUGUGCGCUGAUGGAUCGAGCAUCGGUAUCGUCAUGGAUUGGUCGAUGAAGUUCCACUUAUUGGCUUAUUAUUAUCAGUGUCCAAACAUAAGCCCGUGGUCUCUAAUACUAUUUGGCGCGAUAGUCGCGGUAACGCUCUUCUGCUACAGCUGCCAUUGCUAUCAGCUUAUUCGCGAUCGUCGUCGGCUCCGAUCACAAAAUCGGCAACUGCCUCAACCCCUUGUACGUCUGUCGGUCAGCCCGGGCUGCCCCCACAUCAUCAACACCAAGCUGACGCACUCCAAAAAUCUCGCUGAGGCUUACUAAACGCAGAACCGGAGAUCAUCAUUAA